CUGACCUCACAAAGAACAUAGUAUUUGACCGGGUGAUGCUCCUGAGACGGCUGAAGGAGGAAGAGUUAAUUUUCCUACAGGAAGUCAAGCAGCACUGGGAAAGCCUAAAGAGGGAAUCGGGAGAAUGUCCAAGACCUUGCUUCACAUGUGGCACUAAGCAGGCAAAGUAGGGGAACUUUCAAUAAUAUGUACAAUUGAUGUUGGCACCCUGUAAUUGCUAUUGUAUUUAAGGAAUACUUCAUUGUAUUUACCCUACACAUUGCGAUUGUUGGUGUUAGGCUGGCAAUCGAAUCAGUUGGAAGCUGGGAGCAGAGGUCUCUUCUCCAUGCUUCAGAGGAGAGUCAGCAGCCUCAGAAGACACCAGGACUCUGUCAAACUGAUAUACAGCAAAGAUAUGGGCCAAGACACCUCUCUCCUAGAAGAUAACUUCAUAGAUGACCUCCUGGAAGAGGACCUAGAGACAUAUAUGACAGCAUCCACUACAGCUCUGAUGAUGAGGAAUCUAUCACAGACUGAA